CAGAAGCAUCACGAGCCACAGAGACGCAUCGUGUUACAGGCAGAAGGCUGGAGCUGUGAGGCUCGUGUCCUCGUGUAAGCGCUGAAGCUCGUAACUGCUGAACAAAUAAUGGCAGAAGAGAAGAUAACUAUAGAACAGGUUUCUAACGGCGAAGCGAAUCGCGAUGAACUUUCCCUUUCUAGUCAGGAGAAGAGUAACGUUAUUCCAGAAACAUUCUCGGAGAAGUUUAAAAGGAUUGCCAAGGCAAAUUUACUCGUGAUACUGACAGUGGCUGCUGUUAUCGUUGGCGUUUGCAUUGGACUUGGAGUGCGAAAUGCAAAACUUACCCAAACGCAGGUCAUUUAUUUUGGCUUCCCCGGGGAACUGUUGAUUCGCCUGCUGAAGAUGAUCAUCAUCCCGCUGGUGGUGUGUAGCCUCGUGUCAGGGGCCGCCAGCAUCGACCCUAAAGCUCUGGGAAAACUAGGCGGCUGGGCGAUGCUGUUCUUUCUAGUGACCACGCUGAUUUCAUCAGCAGUCGGUGUUAUUAUGGCGUUCAUCAUCCAGCCUGGUUCAUCUCAAGGCGCCCAGCCGAAAAUGACUUUCAGUGACGAGACAGUACCGGAGACCAAGGAGGUGAUGGACUCGUUUUUAGACCUAGUGAGAAAUAUCUUCCCCUCCAACCUGGUGGCUGCUGCUUUUCAGUCGUAUGCUACUGGUUAUAAGUUUGUGAAAACCAACAUGAAUUCUACCAACAUCACUUUGGAAAAGGUUCCAGUGGGUACAGAUGUGGAUGGUAUGAACAUUCUGGGCCUAAUUGUGUUUGCUAUGGUGUUUGGUGUGGCCUUGAGGAAAUUGGGAGGGGAAGGGGAGAUUCUAAUUAAGUUUUUUAACUCCUUCAAUGAGGCUACCAUGGUGCUUGUGUCCUGGAUCAUGUGGUAUGCUCCGCUGGGUAUCAUGUUCUUGGUGGCUGCCAAGAUUGUUGAGAUGGAAGAUGUAGGACUACUAUUUGCCAGUUUGGGAAAGUAUAUUGCCUGCUGUGUGAUUGGUCAUGCAGUGCAUGGCCUGAUCAUCUUGCCGCUAAUUUACUUUGUGUUCACACGGAAGAACCCCUACACUUUUCUCAUGGGCCUGAUUGCUGCUUUGGCAACUGCUUUUGGAACCUCUUCCAGUUCUGCAACACUACCUUUGAUGAUGAAGUGUGUAGAGGAGAACAACGGUGUAUCAAAGCAUAUCAGUCGCUUCAUCCUACCUAUUGGUGCCACCGUCAACAUGGAUGGAGCCGCUUGCUUCCAGUGUGUGGCGGCUGUCUUUAUUGCACAGUUAAAUGACAUUCCACUCAACUUUGUCCAGGUUAUCACCAUACUGGUGACUGCCACAGCAUCAAGUGUGGGGGCUGCAGGGAUCCCUGCUGGAGGUGUGUUGACACUGGCUAUCAUCCUGGAGGCAGUAGGAUUGCCCACUAAUGACCUCUCUCUCAUCUUGGCUGUAGAUUGGCUUGUAGAUCGCACCUGCACAAUCAUCAAUGUGGAGGGUGACGCUUUUGGGGCUGGUCUGCUGCAGCAUUUUAUUGAUCGUACCAGCAAGAAAGAGGAGGUGGAGCUGAGUGAGGUACAUUUGGAAGAAGCUGAGCGUCCGAUGAAACCUGAGCACUCUCCGCUCCUUGAGAAACGUGCUCAAUUAAAAAUUGCUGGUUCUCAGACCUCUGAAAAAGAGUCUGUAAUGUAGACUAACAGACAGUUUGAUUCAUUCUUGCGUCUGGUUCGUUGUGAAUCAACCUAUACUGUAAGUCAGGGGUCUGCAGUCUUAUCCACAACGGGCCAGUGUGGCUGUAGGGUUUCAUUCCAACCAAGCAGGAGCCUUGUUUUAUCAGUUCAUCUUGGUCUUUAUCACGUGUACCUCCUGUUUAGCUGGAAUGAAGCCUGCAGCCAUAUCGGCCCUUUGCAGAUAACAUUAAAGACCUCUCCUCUGAGGUGUCUUAUGGUAGGAAUAUAUUUGAACAAAAAAAUAUGUGAGAACAUAUCAUUUAACUAUGCAUCUCUCAGUUCCCAAAGGAAUAUUUAGGAAAGGAGUCUGAAAUGUACUGUAUAUGAAAAUAUGCCAAAAGAGGACUUUUAAACAGGAUAUUGUUUCCAAAUGGAUUGUUUCAUUACUAGGUUGUUCUGUAGUCCAAACUAUUUAUUUUUCUUAUUGGUAAUGGCUUUUCUUCAGAUUAUAUUAUUAUAUUAGUCUCUUUAAAAGGCUGGUCCUAGAUUUUAAAUCCUUUUUCAAUCUUCAGUCUGAUGCGUUCAUUUAUUUCAACGGUUGAACUGGCAAGAAGCAACAGGUUUUUAAACCUGUUGUGUUUAAAGUGUGAACAUUUAAAUAGAUCCUCGAAAACCAUAAUACAUAUUUAAUUUUUUUUUCUUCUUAAACAUAAGGUUUAAAUUUUUGGGUGUAAUUUAGUCAAAACCUUGAACCUGAUCUGUCUGGACAAGUAGUUUAUAGAAGUAAAAACUAUCAUUUUUAUUUAUGUAUUGUUUAUCACUCCUGCGUCACUCCUGCCUCCUGCUUGGACACUUGUAUGACAAUCCUCUUUUGAAUGAGGUAUUUUCAGGUCUCAGGUCUCUUUAUCAUAAAUUUGCUUUCAGUAUAUUGCAUAAGAAUGUGUUGAUCUUUUAUAAUUUUACAAAUUAUGAUGUGUGCUAUGAUUAUUGUUUCUCACUCAUUUAAAAAAAUGGAAUUUAAAAAAAUCAAUAAAGAACCUCAGUCUAUAAGAACUGACUAGGCAGUUAAUGAUUUAUAUAAACAUUCAUGAACUGGAUGAAAUUUGAAUGUUGAUUUGCCUGGAGUAUUCAUUCACCCCAUGUCUCUUCUUGUUUGUUGGGCUAUUUUCAAACAUGUUGAUUUUUUAAUAGAUACUAGUGGCUUUUUGAACAUCAAAAUUUAGCCAAUAGUCAGUACUGCUCAGGGGUGUACAAACCCAGUAUUAAAAAAAAACAAAAAAAAAACUUUUAGGCUAAAGUCUGCAUUCUUUUUGUUAGUGGUAUUUUAGUGUAUAUGCCUAAUAACUGAACUAGUUUCCAGUGUCAUAAAAGAUCGCAUGCAGCCAAAAAUGACAUGUCAUAACACUUGAGUAUAUCAGCAUUUAUGUGUACAGUUAAAGACUUUAAAUUCUUAUCAUUCCAACAGGCUGUAACUCAGUGCAGUAUGGUUGUGUGCAAGCUGGUGGCGGUUGUGCUUGAUGCCAAAGAGAAUAGCUGUGGGUUUAAUAUCCAGAAUGUACUCCUAACAGUCUUUUUAAUAAAGUGUUUUUGUCAUCA